AUGUCAGAUGAAGAAGCCACUUAUGUAGUUGAACAAGUCACAAUUAGCGAAUCUGAAGACGAGUUCGACUACCAAGAAGUCUCAGUUGAGUCCGAAGAAGAAUCAGUCCACGAGGAGCAAGACUACGAAUCCUUAAUCAACGCCACCAAGCCAAAAACAGAAACUGCCCAGCCUCCUAUUGAAAAACUCGAAAGCAAGUUCACCUACUCCAACGAAUCCACCGACGAUUUCGUCAGAAACUUCUUAGUCAGGCUUGGCAUGCAAAAAACCCUUGAAGCUUUCCAAGCUGAAUGGUAUGAGCUCAAAGCCAAAGGCAAACUUAAACAUGAAGACAUCGCCCCAGUACCUGACGUUUAUUUAAAAAACCAAGAACUCAGAGACCUCGUCAGCGGAAUGCGCAAAGACCUUGAGAAAGCUCAGCUGAUUGCUGAAAAAGCUAAAGCGACCUGGGACAAGCUCAGGAAAAAGCGAGAUUUCCAUAAAAUGCAUCAUAAUAGAGUCCAGCAAGAAAAGGUAAAACUCUGCACAGAUAUAGACAAAUUGAAAAAAAGCCACGAGCAGUAUGAAAAUAGGUAUAAAGAGCUGGCUGCCAAAUAUGAAGCAGCAAUGAAAGAAAAAAUGCUGAUGAAGCUAGAAAGAGAUAGGCUGAGAGGGAAGGUAGAAAGCCUUGAAAAAUCAUUGAGUCAGACCCAUCAAGAAGCUCCACCUGCAGUAGAUACUAAAAAACUAACAGUAACUAAAUCAAAAACCAAACCGCCAGGUGCUCCAUGGCCAGCUGAAAAUAGGCCUAACCCUUAUUUGGGUAUAACAGCCCUUGAGCCAGUCCAUAUAGAGUCCUAUACAUGUAACCGCACUUAUAAAGGUCACCAGCUUGCUAUAUCAGGCUUGGCGUUGCACCCAAGAAAAGCCAUUUUGGCCACUGUAAGUGACGACCAUACCUGGAAAAUGUGGAGCAUCACCAAUGGAGAAUUAAUCAUGUCUGGAGAAGGUCAUACUGACUGGGUUUCAGGUGUCUGUUUCCACCCCAAAGGCACGCUUCUGGCUACUUGUUCAGGCGACCAAACAGUCAAAAUCUGGGACUUUGUGAACGCAAUCUGCAUGUCUACCUUUACCCAGCAUACCCAAGCAGUCUGAAAUGUUGAUUUUCACGACACUGGCGACUUCUUAGCCAGCUGUUCUAUGGACCAUUCUUUAAGACUAUGGGACAUUUCGACAGGAAAAUGCCGACAAAGCUAUAGAGGACACGUAGAUUCAGUCAACCAUUGCAAAUUCCAGCCUUAUUCUAAUAUGCUGUGCUCAGCGUCAGGGGAUAAAACAGUUUCAGUCUGGGAUAUGAGGAGCGCCCAAUGUGUCCAGACGUUUUAUGGGCAUUUAAAUAGUGUAAACCAUGUAAAUUACUCCCAUAGAGGAGAUGCAAUAGCCAGCUGUGAUAGUGAUGGAGUGGUAAAGCUGUGGGAUGUAAAAAUGGUAAGGGAAAGGACUCAGUUUGAUAGUGGCCAACUACCGGCUAAUGUAAGCAUUUUUGAUAAAAGUGGAGGAAUUUUGGCUAUUGGCAGCGAGGAUGGAGGGAUUUAUUGCUUUAAUACGCUGACAUCAGAAGUAGUGCAGACGCUGACGCAACAUGAACAAGGGGUGCAAGAUCUUGUGUUUGAUCCGAAUGGGAGAUUUUUGGUGUCAGGAGGUGCAGAUGCGACAUUUAGGAUAUGGCAGUAA